AUGAAUAAUCACAGUAGUAAUCAAAUUAAUUUUAUACAUGUAAUCUCAAAUUAUAUUUAUGUUAUGAUGGAGCAACCAACAGAUCAAUUCAUAGCGAUCAUUGUUACUUUAGCAAAUACAAACAACAAGAAAGAUGAUAUUGACGAUACCAUCAAAAAGAAUGAUUUUGAUAGUGAUAAAGUAGCAGAAUGGUUACUCUAUUUAAUGGUCAAAGGUACUUUUCCAAAUAUUAAAGAAAAAGCAGGAUCAUUACUUGAUAAAUUAUUAGCUAAAAGAGGAAAAGAGUUACAAGAUGAAGCAAUGAGAGAAAAGUUGGAUUUCACAUUGAUGCUUCGUAACUUUUUUAAUAGAAGAGGUGUCAUUGACAAUGAUUAUGUAACACUUGUCUCCAAGUUGCUAACAAUCAUCUCAAAACCACCAUCGAUGGAUGACCGCGUCUCAGAGACAGUCUUGGAAGAGGUUAUUUACCGAUUGAUGAAGAUUUUUGUACGAAGCAAUAAUCCAUCUUGGAUGAGAAAACUUGCACCACAAAUCAUCGAAACGUUGAUAGUGUUGUUGGACAAUCAUCGAAGAAAGGAGUAUCUUGUCAAUAGUACUAAAAGAAUGGUAUAUGAUUACUUGACAGUCUUGGCAAAGAAUAAUGUAACUCUUUUUAAUAAUACUCAAGUUGAAAGAAUAAUAGUCAAUUUGUAUGCUUGGUUAAUAUCAACUGUCAAAGAUGUAUCGAUGGAAGAGUGGACAGAGACCAACUCCAAAAUCGACAUUGACAAGAACUUUUAUUCAUUCAACUAUGACGAAGAAAAAGAUUAUAUUCCACCAACAAAUAAUGAUGAUGAUCCUACCACUUACAAUGACGAUGUUAGUGAUGGGAGAGGUAUUACAGCUCAUUCCAAACUUGCACAAUUCAUCCAAGUAUUUGGUCCAGUUUCUGUAAUUCCCAUUUUCAAUCAAUGCAACACUACCUUGUCAAACUCUACCCAAUGGAAAGAAAGAUAUGCAUCUAUGGUUGGUUUGGCUACUGCUUGUAAAUUCUCAUCUGAAGUUUUAUUUCAAAGAUUUCCAAUUAUUUUAAAUUUAGCAUUAAAAUUAUUUGAAGAUGAAAAUAUACGAGUUAGAUGGGCAUCAAUUCAAUGUUUAAUUAUAUUAUCAAUUGAAUUUGGUGAUUUAAUGGUUCAAGUAAAACAACAAGUAUUUAAUGUCAUUAGAAAAUCGAUUCGCCAAGGUACAAAUGAACGAAUACAAUCUAGUGGUUGUGUAUUGGUUCAAACCAUGACAGAUAUAUUGACCAAUGAAAUGAUUGGUGAUAAUGUGUUAAAUGGACUGUGUCGUGGUCUCUUGGCACUAGUUGAAUCCCCUAAAUUCUAUGUUGCUGAAAAUGCAUUACUAUCAUUACAAUCAAUUGUUGGUGUUGUUAAAAAUAGAUUUAAUCCUUAUUUUGGAAAUAUUAUUUCAAUUUCAUUAUCUUUGUUGGAAAAACAUAAUGCAACAAAAGAAUCAAGAAUAUUACGUAGUCAUGCAAUCAAGGCAUUUGUCAUGUGUUCAUCAUUUGUUGACGAAAAGAAAUACUCAAAAUCUUUAAACAAGUUUUUGGUGUUUGUCAAAAAGAAUGAAAAGUCAUUUGAUAUGAUUGUAGAUGUCAUCAGAGCAUCCUAUGUAUUUAUUCAAGAUGGUAGUCAAUCAUUUCCAAUGUAUUUUCCAAUGUUUGUUAGGAUGAUUGCAAAUAUACUCGAGACACCAUUACCCACUCAACAAGCAGAAAUAGAUGAAAUGCCAGAUGAAUCAAAACAAGAUAUGAAAAAGGUACUAUUGACACUCAAAGGUUUAAACACAAUCUUGAAAUCAAAUGAAAAAGAAUAUGAUCAAGAAUAUGAUGAAGAAGAAGAUUACCAAGAUGAAGAAGAUGACGAGGAUGAAGAUUACUCAAAAGAUGAAAAGUUGAAAGUUCUUACUUCAUAUCGCCCGUUGGCACCAUUUAUACUUGAUGCAGCGUUGGGGUAUCAGGAAUUGGAACCUCAAAUGUGUGCACUACGUAUUUCUAUGGCAAGUUACCUCGUUUCAACAAUGGGUAAAGAUGCAAUGACACUCGACCAGGUGGAGUCGACAGUCGCCACAUAUAAUCGGAUGAAACCAUUGUUAUUCGUAAUGGCAGACCAAGUGCGAGCUGGAAAUCAAGAUAUUAUUGGUGACAAUAUGCCAGAACCAUUUUUAAAGAAUAUUGCUCAAGCUUUGUUUGCACUCUAUGGUGUGAUGACAGAGAUGAUCAAGUAUAACAGUACCAUUGCAAUACCACUCAUCACAGGUACCACGAAUAUAUUGGAGGAUAUUUGUGAUUAUCUAACAGAGGAUGAUGAAGAAGGUACAUUGGCACCAAUCAAAGCAGCAGUUGUACUUGGGGUGGCUGCUAAACUUGCCAAAGAUAGAUUCUCACCGUAUCUCACACCAGUGUUACAAGCAAUCGACACUAUGUUAUCCGAACCAAUAUCAACAGUUGUCGACAACAAAACAUCCAAAGAGUAUGCAAUCAGGAGUAUCGGUGAAAUCAUUCGUUAUGUACCACAAGUCUCAAGUAUGCUCAAUGUCAUCAUUCCAAAAUGGCUCAACAAGCUACCACUUGUCACCGCCGACAAAGUACCGAUUAUUGAAACCUUUUGUUCGAUUAUUCGUCUCUACCCAGACCAAUUCCUCGGUGGUGAACAAUACCAACAUGUUGUCAAGUUACAUGGUUUCAUCUUGAAAUACAGGAAAACAACUUGUCAAAAAGAUGAAAUAGAAUUACUCUCACAAACUUGGUUAUUUAUUCAAGAAUCAUUCAAAUCAAAUUGGGACAAUAUUACAUCAGAAACUACAAGAAAUACUUUAUCAAAAUUGAUAGAUCCACCACUUUAA